AUGAGCAAUACAUUUGCGUUCAGUACAGUACAAGACCUCUCGUCGCAAUUAAUGCUUGCAAAAAUUGGUGCAAUGAAAUUUGGCCGUUCAUUACAGAAAUCAUCAGUAUUACUUGCAAUCGCCGUUACCGCACAUGCAUUGCAUAAUGGGGAAAAGAAGAGAAGGUGGGUUAAACAGAUUAUUCGGGAAAACAUUGACUUGAAAAAGGUUAAGAGGUUAAUCGAGUUGGGUGAUUAUUCAAAUUUGGUGGAGGGUUGGAUUCAGCAAUGGCUAAUGAUAAUUGGACUGGUUCUGGCACUUGUUCAAGCUAUUCUUCUACCCUUUGUAUGGCUUGUGAUGGGCGAUUUCGUCUCACUUUCCAUCGUUCGUGAGAGAAGGCAGCAACAACGUCGUCUGAUCCAUUUCUGGAAUGAACCUUUGUAUCGGCAGUACAAAUUGGAGAAGGCAAAACAUUUCGAAUCAUUUGAUUUGAACAAAGUUGGAACUAACUUAAGCAGCAAUGACGCUUUCAAUCCGAUUAACUUUACCGGCUCUAACGAUGCACCGGCGCGACAAUCUCAAAUAGAUGCUCAAUUUGAAUAUUCCGCUACACCGGCAUUCGUUAUGAUGUUAUCAUUGUCGGUGGCCACAUUUAUUGCUGCUUUUUUCCAACGCUUAGCUUGGGAAGUGUCUGGUAUCAGGCAAGUUUUCCGAGUUAAAAAAGCUUACAUACGAAAAUUAUUGCACAUGGAUGUGGCAUGGCUUGAGUCGCGACAUUCUGGACAAGUGGCAUCUAUGCUUCAUGAUCACGCAGAUUCGAUCUAUCAAGGUAUUGCUGAUCAUGUUCCCAUGGUUAUCUUCAUCUGUGCAUACUUAUUGGUCACUUCAUCAGUCUGUUUUUAUAUUCAGUGGGAUGUGACCUUAGUGAUGUUCGCAGCACUACCAUUACUAAUUGGAACAAGACUUAUUUUUAGCAAAUGGUUUUGUAAAACUCGUGAUGAGGAACAGAAAUUACUGGCGAAGAUGACGAAUCUGGUGCAGGAGACGUUCUCAUGUAUACGAGCUGUUAUCGCAUUUGCCGCUCAAAAACAAACGAUCAACAAGUACGAGCGGUUAACAAUCGAACUGAAUCGAAUGACGGAACAGCGCCUCACUGCAUCAUCCAUUUACGAUGCACUUGCACAGGUUCUAUUAACUGAAUUCAUUUUUACCGCAGCUUUAUGUUAUGGCAUGUGGCGCGUUAAUGAUGCCAAUCCAGGUCGCCUUGCUGCAUUAGCGAUCAAUAUGUUGUAUAUGUGCGUUACAUCGAUCAGUAUUGGUUUCCACAUGAAUGGUGCUUCAACUGCUCGACAAAAUGCUAAUGAAAUGCAUGCGAUUCUGGUUGAAACACCGAAUAUUGAGUGUUACAUCAAUAAGCAUAGUGAAAGUAUGCUGGCACCACGUGGACAUGGUGCUAUUGAAUUCAAGGAUAUUAGUUUUGCAUAUCCAAGCAGGCCGGAUAUUGAGGUACUGAAAGGAGUAUCAUUUACUGUAUCAGCAGGUGAACAUGUCGCGAUUGUUGGACCAAGUGGAUCUGGUAAAAGUACAAUAACGGCGCUAAUGUUGAGAUUCUACGAUCCGACCAACGGAACUAUCAUAUUAGACGGCGUCAAUUUGAAAAAACUCAAUCCUGACAAUUUACGAGCUCAACUUGGUUUAGUCAGUCAGGAACCAGUACUUUUUGACGGUACAAUAAGUGAUAAUAUUCGAUAUGGACGUUUGAAUGCAACACAAGCAGAAAUUAAUGAGGCGGCUCGAAAAGCAGAAGCUUGGCAAUUUAUUUGUACCUUACCUGAAGGCAUGAAAACCCGCGUCGGUGACAGAGGUCUGCAACUAUCCGGUGGUCAGAAGCAACGUGUAGCUAUUGCACGUGCAGUAAUCCGUGAUCCAUCUGUGAUGAUAUUUGAUGAAGCAACAUCAGCACUGGAUACGAAGCACGAAGUUGAGGUGCAAAAAGCUAUCGACGCAGCCAGCCAAGGUGUUACUACCAUCACAAUAGCACAUCGAUUGAGUACUGUCCGAAAUGCGGAUCGUAUUAUCGUUCUAGAAAGUGGGCAAAUUGUAGAAGAAGGAAGUCCAGAAGAAUUGCUGGCGGACAAAGAAGGUAAAUUCCACCGGAUGUAUAACGAUCAGAAAUUCGAUUCUCUGGCUGUCGAUAAAUUGACAGCAAAUUCACGUGAACGGUCGAAAGUUUCCCUGGCUGCUCAUUUCUCUAUGAUGCCAUCAGAUUUUAUAGAUGCUGAAACAUAUCGUCGUGCUUGGGCUCGUUCAUCGCUGGGUGCUCAUAAACGGCUUGGCAAAUCAUAUUCUGUACUCAGUAUUGAUCGUGCAAAGCUAGCAUUGCCCGUAAUGUCGAAGAAGCGCAAUAGAAUGGAUACACCUUUUAAGACAAAUAUUAUGGAAGUAGCAAUGGAUGAUAAAGAUUACGAUGAUCAAACUUCGUUCCCUGGAAAAACAACCAAUUUCAAUGCCAUUUGGAAUUUAAUCAAGAGCUACAGAGAUGGUUAUUCACAUUUGAGUGUAGCCAUUCCAGUGACCAUUCUGCGAGGAUUCUUUUUUCUGCUUGUUUGUUUCGAAGUUUCAUCAGUACUUGAGGCUACACUAGCUCCAAAUGAAGAAACAGCCCAGCAAGUGUUUAUCACCGCAGCAGUUUAUACAGCUUUAAUCAUUAUUAAAACAAUGUUCGAGGCAGUCGGACGUUUAUUCAUCGCAUUAUAUGGACAUGGUUUUUGUGGAUACUUGCGAAACAAAAUGUUUCGAAAGAUAUUGAGACAUGGUGCAGCUUAUUUUGAUGAAGAAGCCAAUACACCUGGAAGACUGGUUCAUAAGCUAAUGUCUGAUACUGCAACGCUUAAUAGGACUCUUGGCGAUAAGUUGGAUUUGCUUCUUCCUGCAAUUAUAUGUUCCACGGUGUCAGUUACUAUUGCACUGCUAAUAAACUGGAAGCUAGCGCUCAUCUGUGGUUUCCAGUUUCCAGCUUUUUUCAUCUUUCGCCUAGUAGAGUUACGAGAAACAAGUAAGCGACAACGACAAAUGGCCGAGCAGGAAAAAGAAGCUGCUAAUCUGGCUACCGCAGUACUAUCGAAUAUGAGUACAAUUAAAGCUUAUACUCUUCAGGAACAUUUCAACAAUAUUUUUUACGAGACAUUGAAACCACUACAGAAGACCAUGAAAAGACAGUCUUGUAUUAGUUCAUUUGUAUUUGCUUGUCAAUUCUCUUUCACAUAUAUUCUGAUUGCAAUAACGUUACAUUUUGGAAAGGUGAUGAUGUUAAGUAAUGAAAUUACACCGUUCAAUUAUUUAAGGGUUGUAUUAUUGACGCAGUUCGGUGCCAAUUUCAUCAGUCAAUUAAUAGCAUCAAUGAAUGAUAUAUCGAAAGCACGGGUGGCGUCAGGAAACAUUCUCAAUGUCAUUAAAGAAACUGCCGUUGACAUGAAUAACUUGAGUGAUGAGGGUCUGCGACCGAAAACAACUGCUCGAUUAAUGCUAAAAAAUGUCGAAUUUCGUUAUCCGUCUCGACCUCUUUAUCCUGUACUUCGCAAUCUUACUUUGAAGGUUCGACCAGGUGAUUCAAUAGCUAUCGUCGGUCCAUCUGGUUCUGGAAAAAGUUCCAUUCUGGCACUUUUUCAGCGCAUGUACAGUACGACAAAAGGAGAAGUGCUCAUUGACAAUUAUAACGUGAAACAAAUCAAUCCGGCAUACUUAAGGCGGGUCGUCGUUUCGGUUGGGCAGGAGCCAACUCUCUUUUCGUUUACAAUUCGUGAAAAUAUAGGAUAUGGCUUGCCGGAAGAUGAAGCAACUGAAGAAAAAAUCGUAGAGGCAGCCAAAAUUGCAAAUAUACAUGACUUUAUCUUAUCAUUACCACAAGGCUAUGAUACCGAGGUUGGCGAAUUUGGCGCUCAACUUUCUGGAGGUCAGAGGCAGAGGAUUGCGAUUGCAAGAGCAAUAAUACGAGAACCGCGAGUGUUGUUACUCGACGAAGCGACCGCCGCCCUAGAUACAGCAAGCGAAAAGGCAGUGCAAAGUGCUCUCGAGUCAGUCAGCAAAAAUUGUACUUGCAUUUACGUAGCGCAUCGUUUAUCGUCUAUAAGAUCAGUGAACAUGAUCUAUGUACUAGUUGAUGGCGAAAUUGCUGAACAAGGUACGCAUCAGGAACUCAUGGAGGAGAAGGGUUUAUAUUAUGAGAUGAAUCAAUCAGAAAUCUGAUGAAUUUAACAUUUUCGGUUUCUUUUUGAACGAAGCCUGCCUAUUGAAAGAUGCCAUGUUUAUACUGGACAUGUUGUUCUCUGAUAGUCUUCAUAUAUUCAUUCCUACUUUAUUGAUGGACUGGUCAUUUUUCGUGCAUUUUUUUCUUAUUUCAAAACCCC